AUGCAAAUCGUGGUUCCGAACAGCAGUACUCGAGGCUCUAAGCCUGAAUUGGCAAACGUGGGCCGAACGCAGCCUCCCUCCCAAGGUCAGCACUUUUUGGCUCGACUAUCUGUGAGGAAGAAGAUGGGUCGGGUUAACUCGAGAACAACACAAUCUGAGACCUGCAAGGAGGUUCAGAAGCGAACUAAUGGCCUCACUACGCGCAACACGGAGUAG